AUGCUUGCUUUGAAGAAAAAACAUUCGCUCGAGGCCGAGUUAGAAAAAAUCGCAGGAACCAUAACAACUUUGGAAUCACAGGUGAUGACAAUCGAAAAUGCCCACAUCAAUCUCGAGGUAUUGGGGUGUCCUUUUUUUAGAAGCAUCGGCAAUGUUGACUCUACAAUGGAGGAUAUUCGGGAGCAAAUUGACAUUGCUUCUGAAAUCUCGUUGGCUGUGUCGCAGCCUAUAGGACUGGCCUUAGAUGCAAAUGAGGUAUGGGUAGCUUUUGUAACCGGCCAGCAAGAGCUAGAAAAUGAGCUUGCUUUACUGCAGCAAGAGCAAUUAGAUGAGAAGCUUCUUGCAAUCAGGGAAGGUGCUCCCUCUGAAAAGCUUGAGCUUCCGAGCUUCAAUAAUAUUGAAGGCAGUAAUGCGAGCAUCUGUUAA